GAUUAGAUUAGAUUAGAUAGAUCGAUCAUCAUGGAAGUGGAGGUGGUCGCCAUGGGCGGAGGAGGGAGGAGGAGCAGCAGCCCAAGUGCAGAUGCAGAAGCCGAAGCUAGCACCAACACCAACACUGGCGGGGAUAAGGAUAAAGACAAGGAGAGGGAUGCAGGGGCAUACGGUGGGGGUGGGGGUGGGGGGGCAUUCUUGGCAUGGCAGGACUUGACGGUGGUGUUGCCAAUGCCAAGUUUGGCGGGGCACCAUAAACAUCGGCAGCCCAUGAAGAAGCUGCUGAAUAGGAUGAAUGGCUAUGCCCAACCGGGCCGCUUCAUGGCCAUUAUGGGUCCUUCUGGCUCCGGAAAAUCUACCCUUCUCGACUCUUUGGCAGGUAGAUUAGCGAGAAAUGUUGUCAUGACCGGGGAUAUUCUUCUCAACGGAAAGAAGAAGCAAAGGCUCGACCACGGUGUUGUAGCAUAUGUCACACAAGAAGAUGUCUUGUUAGGAACACUUACGGUCCGAGAAACCUUAACAUUCUCAGCUCAUUUACGGCUUCCUACAUACAUGACCAAACAUGAAGUUAAGGACAUCAUAGAGGGAACAAUCAUGGAAGUCGGGCUUCAAGAUUGCGCAGACCGUCGAGUCGGGAAUUGGCAGUCGAGAGGCAUAAGUGGUGGAGAAAAGAAACGUCUCAGCAUAGCCCUCGAGAUCCUUGUAAGGCCACGUAUACUUUUUCUUGAUGAACCUACUACCGGGCUCGAUAGCGCCGCGUCCUUCUUCAUCAUCCAAACUAUUAGGAAUCUUGCCCGCGAUGGAAGGACUGUCGUCUCAUCCAUACAUCAACCUAGUAGUGAAGUUUUCGCCCUUUUUGACGACCUUUGUUUGUUGUCCGGAGGCGAAACCAUUUAUCUCGGAGAAGCAAAAAUGGCAAUUAAGUUCUUCGCCGAAGCAGGAUUUCCCUGCCCGAGUCGAAGAAAUCCUUCGGAUCAUUUUCUCCGGUGCAUUAACUCAGAUUUCGACGUUGUGACAGCCACACUGAGAGGUUCACAGCGACAUCGAGAAACUAAUAUCACGACAGAUCCUCUAAUGAACGUUGCGACAGCAGAGAUUAAAUCAGUGCUUGUCGAGAAGUAUAAGCGCUCAGAGUAUGCUCGAAAGGCGAGGCUGAAGAUUCGAGAGAACUCUACCAUUCAGCUGGAAGGGCUUGAAAUCGAAACAAUUAAAGGCAGCCAAGCAAGAUGGUGGAAGCAACUUUCGACAUUGACACAACGAUCGUUCUUGAAUAUGUCUCGAGACAUCGGGUAUUAUUGGUCGCGGAUAAUUAUAUAUAUUAUCGUGGCGAUAUGCGUUGGGACUUUGUUUUACGACGUUGGGACCGGUUACACGGCUAUCUUUGCUCGGGGAGCUUGUGGUGGAUUUGUGACGGGAUUCAUGACUUUUAUGUCGAUCGGAGGAUUUCCAUCCUUCAUCGAGGAAAUGAAGGUAUUUAGUCGAGAAAGGCUCAAUGGAUACUACGGUGUGGCGGUGUUCAUCCUAUCGAAUUUCCUAUCGUCCUUUCCAUUCUUGGUCGCGGUGUCGGUCAUCACGGGGACUAUUACAUUCUACAUGGUUUUUAAGGCGGAGUUUUCGCGAUAUGUCUUCUAUUGUCUUAAUAUUUUCGGAAGCAUAGCAAUGGUAGAGAGUGUUAUGAUGAUUGUGGCUUCACUAGUUCCCAACUUCUUGAUGGGGAUCGUAUCCGGGGCCGGAGUUCUUGGAAUCAUGAUGAUGACUUCGGGCUUCUUCCGAUUACUCCCCGAUCUUCCUAAGCCGUUUUGGCGCUACCCGAUAUCAUACAUUGGCUAUGGGGCGUGGUCAUUGCAGGGAUCGUACAAGAAUGACAUGCUUGGACUAGUGUUCGACCCUCUAGUACCCGGUGAUCCUAAAAUUAAAGGCGAGGAUGUCAUAAGAAAAAUGUUCGGGAUAUCUCUAGACCACUCGAAAUGGCUAGAUUUGCUCGCGGUGUACAUCCUUAUUUUGUGCUAUAGACUUGUCUUCCUAAUUGUUCUCAAGGUAAAGGAAAGAAUCAUGCACUUCUUUCAGUCGAUUUACGCCGAGAGAGUAUUGGAUCAGUUCAAGAAACGACCUUCGUUUAAGAUGAGGACAUCCUUUUCGUCUUCGAAGAGGUACCAUUCAUUAUCUUCUCAAGAAGGCCUCGACUCUUCGAUACCGUAA